AUGGCCUUCAGAUACGGCAAAGUCGGCAAUGAAAGCUCAACCGACGAUGAAUCGCAAAUCCGCCCAGGCCCCAGUCACGUCACUUUCUGGAGCCGCGUGUACUGUAUCGCUCUCAAGCUGCGCUGGCCAUCGACAUCUCUCCUUCUCCUUGUCAUUUUAGCAGCACAAGUCCAGAUCCUGCACAGACAGCCCACUUCACUGCCCGUCGGCGGCGAGAUCAACGGCCUUGUCCCGAAUUUCGGCACAACACAAAAGAAAUUCUCCAAAGACACACGCUACAACUCGGACCACAAAACCGCCUCCUCCAUGGCCGCCACAAAGCGCAACUGGCUAGCCCUCGCCCCGCGCGGCGGCGGCAUGCUCGAAAUCCCUACCUACGCGUCCCAUACCCUGCCGCGACCAAUGCACUAUAACGAAUUUCUCCAGCUCAAAGGCAAGGACACAUUCGUGCUCGCCGCGUUCCACCAAAUGCACUGUCUGCACCACAUAAGCAUGACCAUGGACAGCCUCGCCAUGCAACUCCAUGCGGGCAACACUACAGUAGAUCAGUACGCGCUGGUGCAUAACGAUCAUUGUUUUGAUUACCUCCGGAAUGCGAUUAUGUGCAUGGCGGAUAUGACACUGGAGGGGCAGAUUGAAGGAGAUGGUUCGGAUGGCGAGGCGGGGACGGAUGGCACGGGGGCGAUGCAUGUUUGUAGGAACUGGGAUGAGGUUGUGCGGUGGGCGGAGGGGAGGCGGUUGUAUGAUGUUGUGCACUUAUAG